UCUGUGUGCAAUGACAACUGCUACCCUGGCUAUAGCAGGAAAAAGAAGGAAGGGGAGAAAUUUUGCUGCUACGACUGUGCUCCAUGUCCAGAAGGGAUGAUCUCUAAGUGGAAAGACAUGGAUGCCUGUGCCAAUUGUCCAGAGGAUCAGUACCCCAAUAAGGAAAAAACUCAAUGUAUUCCCAAAGCUCCGAGCUACCUCUCUUACAAAGAAAAUUUAGGGGUCAGCUUAGUUACCUUAGCUAUUACUUUCUCCUUCCUCACAACCUUAGUACUCUUAACUUUUGUGAAGCACAGCGAUACCCCUAUAGUCAAAGCCAACAACCGCACCUUGACCUACAUCCUUCUCAUCUCCAUCCUCCUUUGCUUCCUCUGCUCCUUCCUCUUCAUUGGAAAGCCUGUAAAGGCAAUCUGCCUUCUCCGACAAACAGCAUUUGGCAUUGUCUUCUCUGUGGCCCUUUCCAGCAUUUUGGCAAAAACCAUCACUGUGGUUCUGGCAUUCAUGGCAACCAAGCCAGGAUCUAGGAUGAGGAAGUGGGUGGGGAAAGGACUGUCAAAUUCUAUUGUCCUUUCUUGCUCAUUCAUUCAAACUGGCAUUUGUAUUCUUUGGUUGAGAACUUCCCCUCCAUUCCCAGAUACAGAUAUGCACUCAGUCAUGGGGGAAAUAGUACUGGAAUGUAAUGAGGGUUCAGCUGCCAUGUUUUACUGUGUCUUGGGCUAUAUGGGUUUUUUGGCCAUUGUCAGUUUCUUUGUAGCUUUCCUAGCCAGGAAACUACCUGACAGUUUCAAUGAGGCCAAAUUUAUCACUUUCAGCAUGUUGGUGUUUUGCAGUGUUUGGAUAACCUUCAUUCCAACCUACCAAAGCACCAAAGGGAAAUACAUGGUAGCUGUGGAGAGUUUCUCCAUAUUAUCCUCCAGUGCUGGAUUACUGGGUUGCAUAUUUUUCCCUAAAUGUUACAUUAUUGUGCUUAAGCCAGAGUUGAACAGCAAGGCACAACUGAUAAACAGAAAAAAGUGA